CUUCGUUGGGCGUCUGAAUAAUAAGGCGGGGUGGGCCGAACGGUGGUGUGGGGAGCUCGUGUCGAGUAUGUCCCAGCUACCAGAGAGAGAGUGGCGUGGUGGUUGUGUACUGUUCAGUCAUGAGUGUAACGGUGCAAUUCUGGUAUGUGCUCCUUACGUUUGCUUGGGCUCUCUCCACCUCAUAUUCUCAGGGGAACUGGAUAUUUAACGAGAAACGAACCGGUACGAACGCACCUGCCAGAGGGCUUGGAGCGAAGGAGCACUUUCAGAUUGUUACACAGCAUAAUCGGCUCCGGAGUCGAGUCAACCCCAUGGCAGCAAACAUGCAGAAAAUGGAGUGGAGCGAGAAGCUGGCGCUGAUGGCUCAGGAGAGGGCGGCGUCCUGCUCCGCGCGCCCCGCCCCCCCGCAGGUCCCGCACCCCGACAACCACGUCGGGUGGAACGCCCAUCGCUCCGCCCCGGGGACCACGUCGUUCGCCGAGGUCAUCGACACCUGGUUCAGGGAGGGGCGCGGCUACGACUACCUGACCGGCCGGUGUGAGGACAACAGCACCUGCCAGCAUUACACUCAGCUGGUCUGGGCAACUUCCAGUCGAGUGGGCUGUGCCCAGCAAGUCUGUUACACUGGAGCAGCGCCAUGGGAGUUUUUUGCCUGCGCAUAUUCACCUGGGGGGAACUGGGAGGUGAACGGGCGGAUGGUGGUGCCCUACAAGGCCGGGCCGUACUGCUCCCUCUGCACCUCCUCCAUGGCCGGCUGCUUCCGGCUCUGGGACCACGUCGGCGGCCUGUGCGAGAUUCCUCGGAACCCUUGUCGGAUGAGCUGUGGGCAGAGCGGGCAGCUGAACGUCUCCUCCUGCCAGUGCCGCUGCUCCCCUGGGUUCACUGGGCGCUUCUGCCAGGUGCGCUGCAGUGUCCAGUGUGUGCACGGGCGGUACCGAGAGGAGGAGUGCUCUUGCCUGUGUGACGUUGGCUAUGGGGGAGCGCAGUGUGCAGAGAAGGUGCGGUUCCCCUUCCACAGCUGCGACGUGCGGAUCGAUGGAGAGUGCUUCAUGGUGUCUCCGCAGGCAGACACUUACUACGGAGCCAAGGCCCGCUGCCAGGACAAAGGAGGGAUUCUAGCUCAGAUCCACAACCAGAAGGUCCAGGACAUCCUGGCUUUCUACCUCAGCCAGCUGGAGACCACCAACGAGGUCAAAGACCCGGACUUCGAGACAGGCAAUUUCUGGAUUGGUCUGACCUAUAAAACCUCAAAGGACUCAUUUCGCUGGGACUCCGGGGAGGGGCCCUCUUUCACCAGCUUCGCCUUCGGGCAGCCCGACAAUCAGGGCUUCGGGAACUGCGUGGAGCUGCAGGCUGCCAGCGCUUUCAACUGGAAUGACCAGCGCUGUAAAACACGCAACCGGUACAUCUGCCAGUUCGCUCCUGAGCACAUAGCCCUCUGGGAAGUUGGUAGAGGAAGGAGGACAUGAUCACAGUUCCAGGACAGUAGAUUUUGGCUGCCUUCUUUAGUCAAUUAGUUUGUGCUGCAGUAGUGACCUGUCUGUCAUUGGGGCGAGCAGAGUGUCGGAUCCGAGGGCGCCCUCUGCUGGCUGCGCUCGAUUUGCCUCCACGUCACGCAUCCAGCUCCUUAUAGUGUUACCAUUACUCCCAGUAACCGACGGAUCGUCGCACAUUGCCGCCUAUUUCCGGACAGGCCUGAGUUAGCACUGCCGUCACCUGCGUGGAUCAGCCAAAGACGCAGCGCUGCUCUCUCUCCUUCUCUGCUCAAAUCCGGCUGCUCCCCCUCGACGCUCCCACUGCGACGGCCCGGGCUGGGACGUGCUGCUUUAGUUAAGCAUUACAGGAUGCCUCUCUCUGCUCGCUCAAGGGAGGUUCCCCCCCCCCCCCUCCCCGGACUUUACAGACACACAGCCUCUCGGCAUGAGGCGUUUCGUCCAC